UUUUAUACGUACCGAUUUAAUAUUUUGUUUGUAUCUUCAAUGGUAUCCUGUGCUUAUCAUUCGAUUGCAGUGAACAGCCAGUAGAAAAUCGAAUACACCCAUCUUAGGGGGAGGGAAAUACAGAGUAAUAAUAUUUUAGGUUAUACCGCGAAUUUUUCCGUUGUUUUUUUACUUUUGUUAUUAUUUUCCAUUUCUUAUCGAGUAGGUAGUGAAUUUUUUUUUUUUUUUUUUACCAAUCGGCAAUCAUAAUAAAAACAAUAGUAAAUCUCCUCGGCGGGGCUGUGAUAUCUGUGAAUUUUCGGUUUAAACAAAAAGUUCAACUCAAAUCGUUGACCAGCGCGGAGCUCCUAUCUCGUAUUUCAGUCAGUACAUAAAAAUAACAUAAUAAUACUUGUACACCGAAUAUAGACGGACGACCGGAGAAAACUGCUGCAAUUCUUGUCUGAUGAACAAUGCUGUUGCUGAACAUCAUUCAUAGAAACAAAGACGAAUGCUUCUUGCUGAUAUUGGCGUUACUACUUUACUACGUGAUGAUAUUCCUAGAAGAAGCUGAGAAACUACGUUGAAAUCGAGACGCAUGCAACACUGAAUAGAGAAGCUCGUUAAUGUCAUAAUGUUUGUCGACGACUUAGUGAAAGGAUUUUAUGAAGUCAUUUUAAAAAAUAGAGUAUUGAUUCUGGUAAAUUAUGAUGUGGAUGCAAUUUGUGCCGUGAAAAUUCUUCAAAGCAUUUUACGUUUCGACAACAUAAUUUAUGUACUUGUGCCAGUAAAGACGUUAACAGAAUUGAAGAAAGCUUACGAAGAGCAAAAAGUUGAUGUUAGACAUGUAGUUUUAAUAAAUUGUGGAGGUACAACAGAUAUUAUUGAAGAACUGGAGCCAGAUGAAGAUAUAAUUUUUUUCAUUAUCGACAGUCAUAGACCUACUGACGUUUGCAAUAUAUACAGUAGCUCUCAGGUUAGAAUACUAGCGCCUCCAGAAGAUGAUGAAAAAAUUCCAGAUUUUGAAGAUAUUUUCAACGAAAAUGAAUCGUCAAAUGAAGAGCUGGAUUCUGACGAUGUAGAUGACGACGACGAAAAUGACACUGUCGAAGAACAACAGAAUAAAAGAAGAAAACUAGAUCAAAAUGCAUUAGUUAAAAGAAGAGAACGUCGAAGCUGGGAAGAAAAUAGAAAAAAAUUAUUAUUUGAUUAUACCCAAUUUACGUAUUAUGGACGAUCGAGUGCCAUUUUAAUGUUUGAUCUAUCAUGGAAAUUGCACAGGGAAUCUAUCGAUUUGUUAUGGUGGGGCAUUGUGGGUGUAACUGAGCAAUACAUUUUAGGUAAAACUGAACGCAUGCGUUAUUUAAAAGAAGUUGAAUUAAUCGCCGGUCAUAUUGGUCGUAUUAGUGAAACUGCUGGUAAUAAUGAUGAUUCUGAAACUAUGUCACAAACGUCAUUAACCAAACCUUCAAAUACUUCAAUACAGCUUCGAAUAGAAUCUGAAAAAGAUUUAUUAUUAGCCUUGUACAGACAUUGGACUAUUGAAUCUAGCCUUCGGUACUCAAUGUUUACAGCAGUCUCGUUGAAACUUUGGACAAUCAAAGGUGAAAAAAGACUGAAACAAAUAUUAGCAGAAAUGGGAUUGCCGUUGGCUGAGAGUCGGCAAAUGUACCAUUCGAUGGAUUUAAGUCUACGUAAACAAUUUUACAGUAUGAUGGAAAAAAUAUCUAACGCCCAUAAUUUAUUGCAAAUGACGUAUCCGUCAUUUAUGUUACAUCAAGGAUUUAAAAAGAGAUACCAGUGUGCCGACUAUGUCUACGCGAUGGUCGCUACACUUGAGAGUAAUUCACGUGAUAAAUCAUCUACCGAAUGUUUUUAUAACACUAUGGAUUCAUUAUCAAGAUCCAAGAAGGAUUUAUUAGACCAAGGAAUUGAAAAGGCCAAAUGGAUAUUGACCAAUAUGUUUAGACAUGUCCAAGCUGCAUUAGAUAUGAGACAGGUUAUUUCAGCAGGACCGUUCUACUAUUUAAUCGUGCAAGAAGGUACUUUGCAUUCUCAACAUUAUUCAAACCCUCAUUGUUUGAUAAUGUUAGCAGCAUUCGCACUAAGAGCGCAAGUUGCUUCCACGCGCAAAACUAAAGCUACUAGAUUGCCGUUAAUAGCCUCGGCUACACUCGAUUCCGAUGAAGAAACGUGCUUGGUGGUCGGUAUUCCACCUAUUACUGAAACAAUGCCCCGAAGUUUUUUCGGAAAAGCAUUUGAACAAGUGGCCAACAAAACAAAAAUGGAUAUAUCUUUAGAUUAUUUUGAUUCGUCUAUUGUAAAAAUGCAAAUCAAAGAUCGUCCAAAGUUUUUUGACGCAUUGACUGCAUUGCUUAGUUGACAAGCAAUAGUCGUGACUUUGUUUUUUAUUAUUAAUUGUUUAAGAGUUCAUUUUGUACAAAUGUGUAAAAAGUAUUUUUUAUAAAAUAUUUAUAAAAAAAAAAAAUUGCUUUAUUAUGUGACAUUGUAACUAUUUAUUUUAUCAAAUUAAACUGUAUAAUAUUUAUAAUAUGGAAAA